AUGCCGCUACAAACUAAAAAAUCCACUGGGAAGGAUGGAAGAAAGAGGACCUACUCUUUGGUCUCCAAUAUUUCAAAUGCACAGGCUGGCCCUGUGGCAAGUCCCAAGACCGCCCAGAAUAGUUCGCCGUCGCAACAGGCCAAAGGCAUGAACCAAGCCCUAAAGUCGCCCGAACCUCCAAAGUCCGAGCCGACGAAGCAGUCACCGAAUGUUUUUGAAUUUUUGGAUGAGAACGACGAGUCAUCUUCAGCUUCUUCCGAUUCUUCAGACUCCUCAGACUCCUCUGAAUCGGAAUCCGAUCAAGAGCCAGAGCCCCGCCCUAAACAAGCACCCAAGAUCCAGUCGCCCACCCCCAAGGCGAAGACCGUGUCGCCGGGAGUCCUGGCAUCGGCAGGAAAUGCGCCCCUCAAACGCGCGACACAACCGCCGGCGGCGGCUCCCAAGGGCCCAACUGAAUCGCGCAAGGCCCCCGCACCGGUUCCCCAACCCUCUUCGCCAGAAACCCAACUGGUAACCCGAAAGAGGCAAUCGGCAACAAAGCCGAGCCCCAUCUCUACGGCCAGCACCUCCCCAUCGUCUCACAAAGGACAAUUGGAACUGUCCCGCCCACCAACAUACCACGGCCCAAGAGAAGCCGCCAUCCACAGACCACCACUCCCACCAUCUCCCCCGCGAAGCCCCGAAGAAGGUCUCCACUGUACAUCACCACGCAAGCGCAGAGACUCCGCCCAAGGCGCCUCGGGCUACGGACUCCUCGCUUCACAGCUUACCACCUCAUCCGAAGAAAAGGAUGGCCUCCCCCCUCUCUACCGCCGCUUCGAGAGCAUCAAUCACCGCGUCCUCCUCCACCUCCAGGACGAGAUUUCUCAAAUGGAAGAAGACCUGCAAACUCUAGACGAAUACGAAGAAAUGCACCGCUUCUCAACCGCAGAGCAAGAAGGCACAAAGCCCCUCCCCGCUUCCCGUCGCAGAGACUCCCAAGCCCAAGUCUACUCCUCCCUCCACUACCGUCGCAUGGAUCUUAUGUCCGCCCUGGUUGUCAAAACAGAGCAAUACAACAACGCCCUAUGCGCCUACAGCAAAGUCCUCCAAACCCUCCCCGCAGCCCCAGAACCCGACAUCACCAAAUACCGCACAUGGAUGAAAAGACAACACCCAAUCGCCUCAAUCGAGUCCAAAUUCCUAGAUCACAGGACCGAUCUCGUCUCCCUGACGCGCACUGCUUCGAACGCGCAGCCUUCCGUCGCGGCACCCGUCUACGUAGCUAUCAUCAUCGCCUCGGGGGCUCUGCUACUACCGCUCCUGGCGUUUAAUAUGAUUGCAGAAUUUUCAGGUCGGCUUGUUGUUGUUACCGUCAUGGGUGGUGCGGCGGCGGCUAUUGCGGCGAAUUAUUCGGCUGGUGUUGAUUCUUUGGUUGAUUCGAGGGAUGGGUGGAGGUGUGCUACGAUAUAUUUUGGGUUCAUGACCUUGGCUGCGAUGUUCAUUCCUUGA